UUGUAAAACUUCAAAGUAUACAAUAUUUUAUCCAAGAAAAUCUGUAACUUAUUUUUUAACUUUCAAUCAUAUGUUAAUUUGAUCUUACUAAGUAACUUUACCCUGUGUGUAUGUUUUCACCAUGGACAGAACAGUUAAAGUAGAGGUGUAUGACUGGAAUCGAGAUGGAAGUCAUGAUUUCAUUGGAGAAUUUACAACAAGCUAUAGGGAACUUUCUAGAGGGCAAUCACAGUUCAAUGUAUAUGAGGUGAUAAAUCCCAAAAAGAAAGGAAAAAAGAAGAAAUAUACUAAUUCAGGAACAGUCACCUUGCUGUCUUUCUUGGUAGAAACAGAAGUUUCAUUCCUUGACUAUAUUAAGGGAGGCACACAAAUCAAUUUCACAGUGGCUAUUGAUUUUACUGCAUCAAAUGGCAACCCCGCCCAGCCCACUUCUCUCCACUACAUGAAUCCUUAUCAACUGAAUGCCUAUGGUAUGGCACUGAAGGCAGUGGGAGAAAUCGUUCAAGAUUAUGACAGUGAUAAAAUGUUCCCCGCUUUAGGUUUUGGUGCAAAACUGCCUCCAGAUGGAAGGAUAUCUCAUGAGUUUGCUUUGAAUGGGAACCCCCAAAACCCCUACUGUGCUGGCAUUGAUGGUGUCAUGGAAGCUUAUUAUAGGAGUCUGAAAUCUGUGCAACUGUAUGGGCCAACCAAUUUUGCUCCUGUAAUUAAUCAUGUAGCAAGAUAUGCUGCUUCUGUAAAGGAUGGCUCCCAGUAUUUUGUGCUCUUGAUUGUGACAGAUGGUGUUAUAUCAGAUAUGGCUCAAACUAAGGAGUCCAUAGUUAACGCUUCAAAACUUCCAAUGUCAAUAAUUAUAGUAGGUGUUGGACCAGCAGAAUUUGAUGCAAUGGUUGAAUUGGACGGAGAUGAUGUAAGAGUUUCCUCCAGAGGAAAAUAUGCUGAAAGAGACAUUUAA